CAUAUAAGAAGUUUCGGUUUGAAAUCCGAACUUGUGCUCUUCUUUCUGUUUUCUUCCUCUUUUGUUCCAUCCAAUCUCUGUAAUUCCUUCAGCGAGAAGAGAUGGGCAAACAAAGUCAACGAUCCGUCGGCGAAGAGAGCGCCGGCGAGGUGGUGAUGGGGCUGCGAGAGAGCUUUGCGUCAGGGAAAACGAGGAGCUAUGAAUGGAGGGCGGCUCAGUUGAAGGGCAUCAUUAGGAUGAUCGAUGAGAAGGAGGAAAACAUCAUGGAAGCUCUCGAAGCUGAUCUAUCGAAGCCAAAGCUUGAGUCUUUUGUCCACGAGAUUUCCUUGGCGAAGUCUUCAUGUGGAUUGGCUUUAAAGGAAUUGAAGCGCUGGAUGAAACCUGAGAAGGUGUCAAGUAUGCUAACGGCCUUCCCCUCAUCGGCAGAGAUUGUACCAGAGCCCCUCGGUGUUGUGCUGGUUAUUUCUGCUUGGAAUUAUCCCUUUUUGCUAUCUAUUGAUCCAGUCAUAGGAGCUAUUGCAGCGGGUAAUGCUGUUGUUCUAAAGCCAUCAGAAAUUGCUCCGUCCAUAUCAGCUUUGUUUUCUACUAUAUUACCAGACUAUGUUGAUAGUUCUUGUAUUAGAGUUGUUGAGGGGUCUAUUCCUGAAACUACUGCACUUCUGGCGCAGAAGUUUGAUAAAAUAAUUUAUACAGGAAAUGCAAAAGUUGGACGGAUUGUUAUGUCUGCAGCUGCUAAGCACUUAACACCUGUGGUUUUGGAACUUGGUGGAAAAUGUCCCGUUGUUGUGGAUUCCAAUGUUGACUUAAAAGUUACAUCAAAAAGGAUUGUUGUUGGCAAGUGGGGAUCCAAUAAUGGACAAGCUUGUCUGGCACCAGAUUACAUCAUAACAACAAAAUCAUUCGCUCCAAAAUUAGUUGAUGCUCUAAAAGUUUCUAUUGAGAAUUUUUAUGGGGAGAAUCCUCUGCAAUCUGAAGACAUAUCUCGUGUAGUGAAUUCCAAUCAUUUUGCACGCCUAAGUAGCCUCCUAGAUGAUGAGAAAGUUUCAGGGAAGAUCAUUCAUGGAGGACAAAAAGAUGAGAAGCUCCUAAAGAUUGCUCCUACUCUCUUGUUAGACGUUCCAGAUGAUUCUUUGUUAAUGCAGGAGGAGAUUUUUGGCCCUUUGCUUCCCAUUAUCACAGUUGACAAAUUGGAGGACUGUUUUGAUGUGAUUAACUCAAAGCCAAAGCCUCUUGCUGCUUAUCUCUUCUCCCGGAACAAGAAAUUUGAGGAAAGAUUUGUAAAAACUGUUUCUGCUGGUGGAAUUCUCAUCAAUGACACAACCAUGCAUUUUGCAAACCCAAAUUUACCAUUUGGCGGAGUAGGAGAGAGCGGAGUGGGCUCAUAUCAUGGAAAAUUUUCAUUUGAUAGCUUCAGCCACAAGAAGGCUGUUCUGCACAGGAGCUUUGGUGGAGAAGUAUCUGCAAGAUAUCCACCAUAUACACCCCGGAAACAAAAGCUCUUGAGAGCUCUUCUUACUGGUGACAUUAUUGGCCUGAUUCUAGCUCUAUUUGGAUGGCCCAGGUCUUGAUUAUUAACCGGGAUCACUGUUUAUCUUAACUUUUUGUCCUUCCAUCAACAAAUAUAGAGGCUCUAAAUUAUAUUCUUAAUGAACAACACCAGAAUAUGUAAGACAAUUUUAUUUUAUUUUUUAUGUUAAAUAUACUUCAUGUCUUUCGAACUGCAA